GAAGAAAUAAAUCCCCCGUUUUCCUUGUCAAUCAACUUUCAGAUCUGAACUUCAGAGCGAAUCAAUGGCAGCAGCCCUGGAAGAUGUAAAGCUCGUCGGGUUCUGGGCGAGCCCCUUCGUUGUGAGAGUAAGGAUAGCCCUAAAUCUGAAGGGCAUCGAGUACGAUUUUCUCCAAGAAGAGCCGACCGCCGGCCAAAAGAGCGAGCUUCUCCUUAAAUCCAACCCUGUUUAUAAGAAGUUCCCCGUCCUGAUCCAUGGCGGCAGGCCCAUCUGCGAGUCCCUUCUCAUCGUUCAAUACAUCGAUGAGGCGUGGCCCUCUGCCUGCGCGCCCAUCCUUCCUGCCGAUUCCUAUGGCCGCGCCGUCUGCCGCUUCUGGGCCGCCUAUGUUGACGACCAGGUAAGUCGCAAGGAGAAAUUUUGAAAGCACUUCGGAAAAAGCUAGUCUGUUUUUUUUAUGAAAUUAAGGGUCGGUUUGGGGAAGCUUGUGCGUUUCCGCUUAUCCUGAAAUGCGGUCCGCGGGCCGGC